ACCUUAGUCUUCACACUGUUCUUUCUCUCUUGCUCUCCCUCUCUCUCUCUCUCUCUCACACACACACACACACACACAGAAUCAAUCACCCCGCCCUCAUCUCAGCAUCACACACGACCACCGUGUCCGUCAAUCUUCCACCGUCGAACAUAGCCACCACAACUCACCAUUGCCUCGCCUCCCAUCGACAUUCAGGUUAUUCAGUCCUUUUCCGACUGAAGUUUUUGACUGAUUUCGAUACAUGUAGACAUAGUUAUGUAUAUAUAUAUCGUAAUCUUCGUUCAAUUUUUUGUAGAUUUCUUCGACAUUGUGCUUGCUUUCUUUACCGAUUAAAGUUUUGACUGAUUUCGAUUCAUAUAGUUAUGUAUCUAUCGUAUUUAAGUUUUGAUUUUGACUGAUCCAUCCACAAAAUUGUAUUAUCCAUCCAACCCGUCGAUAUAUCUGAACAUCACGAAGGUACUCUCUCUCUCUCUCUCUCCCCCAGAUAAUUCCUCCUUAGAGUUGCAGAUCUUGAUUCGCCAUUGAAGAACUCUCUCUCGGAAGCCCCUCUCUCUUUGUUUCUUCUCUUCCUUCUUUUCUUCUUGUUUUACAAUCUUAAUCUGCUCCUAGGGUUUGGAUUAAGGCCAUAGAGUUUGGAUCGAUGGAUUCAUUAUACAUCCCCUGCGUUGAGCAUGCGAAGCAAUGGCUUUCCAAUUCCAAUCAUCCAAUCGAUUCCGAUCCGAAUGUUACUUAUGUGGAAAUUAUGCCUCUUUUCAGAUGCCCGUGCAUGGCUCCAUGGUGCCGGUCCAAGUGGAAGGUUCGGAUGAGCAAUACCAGCAGUCAUUAUUGAGAAGUAGAUUCUUGCAAAGUAGAAGAUUGGUCCAAGACAAGAGACCCUCCUCUUCUGUGGCAGCAAGUGAAUUGGGUUUUUUGAGGCAAAGACACACACAGUGGUUUAAGAUUGAUGAUGUUGGCAUGGAUACAGUGAUGUUUUUGGGACAGAUUGAUGAUGUUUGUACGGGCGUAAUUUACAUUAUAUUUUUGUUUAUGGAAAACAUGUACACCUUAUAUGUUUUAUUAGUAAGAUUUUGUUUAAUUUGGAUUUUAAUUGUUGGUUUAGAUAGUAUAUGUAUUUGUUGGAUUAUACUAUGUUUAUGGAUUCUUAUUUUCUUUGAUAUGUACAGUUAAUAGUUAAGUUUUGUAUAUGGUUGGAAAUUGAAUGCUACAGGUUGUGGAGAAAUAUUUU